AUGAGUGACGCCCAGAAAGCAAAAGACCAAGAGCCAACAACAACAGACAGUGCCGAAUCCGUAACAACCACAAAACAGACAAAACGAUCGCUUCCCGAAAAAGACAGCAGCAAUAACGGCAACGAUAAUGAACAAGUAGUAGAAUCCAAACGACCUAAAUCAGUAUCACCAUUUGACGAUUUAAAGAUUAGCGACGACAGUAUACUUGACACCGUCCAAGGACGAACAAACUGCUCACAGUGCAACAAAUCUGUGAAAUAUUUUUGUUACCGAUGCUUUAAUGUUGUCGGUAUGGAUCGGUCCGAGAUUCCGUCGCUGAAGCUACCUGUACCUUUAAAUGUGAUUAAACAUGAACUAGAACUCGACGGCAAGUCCACUGCCAUCCACGCCGGCGUGAUUGCCAAAAACGACGUAAACAUAUACAACUGGCAAAACAUCCCAGAAUUUCAACAACCCGAACGUAGUCUGCUCCUCUUCCCUGGACCGGAUGCCAAACGACUUGACGAAAUACCACGCGACUCAUUCGAUCGUAUCACCGUCAUUGACGGUACUUGGAAACAAGCAAGCAAGAUUGCCAGAGAAACACCACAACUACAACGUAUGCAAAAGGUCACGAUUGCACCGCGCAAAACACAUUUUUGGCGGUACCAGCAGAAGAGCGAUGAUCAUUUGGCGACGAUUGAGGCUAUUUAUUAUUUAUACCGCGAGUUUGCCGAAGCUUUUGAAGGCAGUUAUGAGGAUGGUCGGUAUGAUAAUCUGUUGUUCUAUUAUCGGUUCUUUUAUGAUAUGAUCCAAGACAAGUAUCGAUGCCAGCAAGGUAGUAAAAAGUUUACUCAACGGCAUCGUUCGGAUUAUAUACAAUAUGAUGGAAAGUCAUAA